AUGCAGCUUCUCCAUACGCUUCUCGUUCGAGAUGAGAAGGACGGCCCUGUGCCCUCCUGCGAGACGGGCAAUGAGUAUGAUGGUCGCAUGGGCCUGCGUAUCUCCUCGAUUUUCGUCAUAAUGGUGGGCUCCAUGUUUGGGGCUGUCUUCCCGGUUCUAGUUGGAAACUAUCGGAAGUCGAAAUUCUCGAGCUGGGCUUUUUUUGUUGCCAAGUAUUUCGGCUCCGGUGUGAUCAUUGCCACGGCUUUCAUUCACCUGUUGGCUCCUGCAGAAGAGGCUCUCACCAAUGAAUGCUUGACUGGCCCGAUCACGGAAUAUUCCUGGGUCGAGGGCAUCAUUCUCAUGACUAUUGUGGUGUUGUUUUUCGUGGAAUUGAUGGUCAUGCGCUAUGCUCGCUUUGGUCAGGGCCAUUCGCAUGACUUAGACGACAGCCACCACCAUGACCAUGGCCAUGACCAAGGCCAUGACCAAGACUUUAUCCAAGGCACGGGGGGCGCUGAUUCCAAGGGUCAUAUGCCCGGCGAGGAUCACCUUGGCCAUUCCCGCGAACACAAUGACGUCGAAGGGAGCUCCAAAUCUGCGGUGCUGGAGGAGUACAUGGCUCAGCUGACGUCCAUCUUUAUCCUGGAAUUCGGCAUUAUCUUCCACUCCGUCUUCAUCGGGUUGACACUGGCGGUAUCUGGCAGCGAAUUUGUAACCCUCUACAUUGUGCUGGUGUUCCAUCAAACGUUCGAAGGCCUAGGUCUAGGAUCCCGUCUGGCGGAGGUCCCAUGGCCGCGUUCGAAACGACUUACUCCGUAUGUCCUGGGGAUUGCAUUCGGGCUGUCCACGCCCAUUGCAAUUGCUGUUGGACUGGGCGUGCGCAAGGCAUAUCCACCGGAGGGGCGAACGACGCUGAUUGUCAACGGAGUGUUUGACUCGAUCUCGGCGGGGAUUCUCAUCUAUACGGCGCUUGUGGAGCUGAUGGCGCACGAGUUCAUGUUCAGCGCAUCAAUGCGCAAGGCGCCGAUCCAGCAUGUGCUUGCAGCGUUUGGGCUGCUUUGUCUGGGUGCACUGUUGAUGGCUUUGCUUGGAAAAUGGGCGUAA